GAGAAGAGCGACAGCCCUUCGAGCACGGAAAUGCCCAUGAUUACCUGUGGAGAACGGGGCGCGGCGGGCCCCUUUCUCCUUCUCCUUCUCCUGUGAUCCAUUAUUCCCUCCUGCGUGGGUCGUUUUCCUCCGUUCUGUCUACGCUCCCCGACCCGCAGGGAUGCGGGAACCUUUCUGCGCCUCGCGGAACCUUUGAUGCAGGAGCGCCUGUUGCUGCCCGGGGGAUCCUCUGAGUGGCUCCGGCUGUGGGGACGCUUUACUGUUGAGGACCCCAAGCGGAGGGAGCGAGGAGGAGGCGGUGACAACAACGACGACGACGCGGGUGAGGCGGGUAAACUGGGGCCGGCGCGCGACCAACAGCGCGCGGAGCGCUUCAGCCUCCGUUUCCUCCGCGGCCUGGCCCGCAGCCCCGGUAGGAGGCUGCUGUUGAAGACAUAGAAGUAGAACCAGUGCAAAGUUGGCAACCCUAAGCUUGAACUACAGGAGAAACAACUAUCUUUACAGCCCUGACCAACUAACUGUUUUAACUUUUCCAGACAUUGUGGGAAUGACUGUAUACUUAUACUGGGAACGUUGCUGUAAUGUGAUCACUGCACUCCUAACUGAAACAGCAUCAUUUAUGCAAGUUUCAAAUUUUCCAAAAGUUAAAUAACAUAAUUGGAUGAAGUGAUAUCUAUUAGUUGAAAUUAGUCACUAGGGAUGUGGAUGAGAUGUUUCAUGCACAUCCGGGGUGGGUGGGGGCGGAGAGUGGCCGCUUCAGGAAGGCAGGUCUUACCUGCCCCUCUGUUGUUCCUCCUCUGUCCCCUGCUGCCCCAAUACGGCCUUAGAACAUAAGAACAGUCCUGCUGGAUCAGGCCCAAGGUCCAUUUAGUCCAGCAUCCUGUUUCACACAGUGGCCCACCAGAUGCCUCUGGAAGCCACAGGCAGCAGUUGAGGGCAUGCCCUCUCUCCUACUGUUACUCCCCUGCAACUGGUACUCAGAGGCAUCCUGCCUUUGAGGCUGGAGGUGGCCUUUAGCCCUCCAACUAGUAGCCGAUGAUAGACCUCUCCUCCUUGGUUAUCCAAACCCCUCUUAAUAAGAGCCUUGUUUGUAUUAAGCAGCCGAGCUGUUGGUUUGAAAAAGCCACGCUGCUCUGACUGCAUCAGUCCCCUGUUUCCAGCUCCUUGUUCCCAGUUCCCUGUUGCAGACCACUCAAGAUGGUGUCUGCACAUAUUCAGACUCCAUUUCCUUCCAGAUGCUGCCCAAAGUCUGCUGGAAACAGGGAACUGAUGCAGCUGGAGCAGCAUGGCUUUUUCAAACAGACAGUUCGGCUGCUUAAUACAAACAGUGCUGUGCACCCCAGCGCUGUGUGGAGGAGCAACGGAGGGGCAGGGCUGCCUUAAAAUAGAUAAUGAGCAGGUAAUGCACAAGGGGUGCUAUUGGGAAUCAUGUCGGACGAGUCAGUCUCAGGGAGUGAUCCGGACGUGGACCCGGACUUGGAACAGGAAGAUAUGGAAGAGGAGGAGGAGGAAGAGGAGGACGAGGCCAUGGAGGAGGAUAAUGAUGGGGAUGACGAGGAAGACUUACUGGAUGAGAAUGACCAGUCCCGUGAAGCAGGGUUCAGCAGCGAUCAUGUUCAACAUGGUGAAGAUGGGGAAUGGCAACGCUCUACUUCAACUACCUCAUCUCAGAAUGAACAGGCAGAGAAAGUGUUGCAGAAUCAGCACAAGAGCCUGGCCUCUGAGGACAACAAAAAGAAGAGGGCUCAAAAACCUUCUCACAUGAGAAGGAAUAUAAGAAAGCUGCUGCGGGAGGACCAGUUGGAGGCUGUGACAAAAGCAGCACAGCAAGAGGAGUUAGAAAGAAGGAAACGACUUGAGCAGCAGAGGAAGGAUUAUCAAGCCAGCAUCCCCACAGUACCUCUAGAAUUUCUCCCAGAGGAGAUUGCUUUAAGAACUGCAGAGGUUGCUCAGCUUCCGCCUCAAGUGUUAGAAGAAGAAAUCAUCUGCUUAGACAGCACCAGCAGUGGUAGUGAGGAUGACUCUAAAGGAAGACUCCACAGCAUUAAAGAUGAAGUGAUAGAAUUAAGUUCAGGAGAAGAUGAAGCGCUCCAGAUUGUAGACAGCAGUGAUUCCGGCAAUGAGGGAGAUGAAGAUGCUACUGAAGAGAGCAGCGGUGCUCAUGUGAAUGAUGCUUUAAAUCAGUUAGAUGCUUCAGGUCAAGUAAUUGUCAACAUCAACCAUCCACCAAAUGAAGAGGACGUUUACUUGGCUCCACAACUUGCCCGGGCAGUGAAGCCUCACCAGAUUGGUGGUAUCCGCUUCCUGUAUGAUAAUCUGGUGGAGUCCCUGGACAGAUUUAAAACCAGCAGUGGAUUUGGCUGUAUCUUAGCUCAUAGCAUGGGGCUGGGCAAGACCCUUCAGGUCAUCUCUUUUUUGGAUGUACUUUUCCGGCACAUCGAGGCAAAGACUGUCCUGGCCAUUGUACCUGUAAACACUCUUCAGAACUGGCUAGCAGAAUUCAACAUGUGGCUUCCAGCACCAGAAGCCCUUCCUGCUGACUAUGACCCAAAAGAAAUACAGCCUCGCACUUUCAAAGUCCAUAUCCUGAAUGAUGAACACAAGACCACAGCAGCACGUGCCAAAGUGGUAACUGAUUGGGUGACGGAUGGUGGUGUGCUGCUGAUGGGCUACGAAAUGUACCGUCUUCUUUCACUGAAGAAAUCCUUUGCCACAGGAAGAAAGAAAAAAAGCAAGAAACAAACUGGCCCUGUCAUCAUUGAUUUGGAUGAAGAGGAUCGACAGCAGGAACUCUUAAAAGGAAUUGAGAAGGCUUUAUCCCGCCCUGGCCCAGAUGUCGUAAUCUGUGAUGAGGGUCACCGGAUAAAGAAUUGCCAUGCUAGCACGUCUCAGGCCCUGAAGAACAUACGAUCUCGGCGGCGAGUGGUAUUGACUGGCUACCCUCUGCAAAACAACCUAAUAGAGUAUUGGUGUAUGGUGGACUUUGUCCGCCCUGACUUCCUUGGUACCCGACAGGAAUUCAGUAAUAUGUUUGAGCGGCCGAUCCUGAAUGGCCAGUGUAUCGACAGUACCCCUCAGGAUGUCCGUCUCAUGAGGUAUCGCAGUCAUGUCUUGCAUAGUCUACUGGAGGGCUUCGUACAAAGGCGAGGGCACAAUGUGCUGAAGAUUCAGCUUCCCUAUAAGGAAGAACAUGUCAUCUUAGUGCGUUUGUCAAAGAUCCAACGGGCUCUUUAUACUGAGUUCAUGAACCGGUUCCGCGAUGCAGGCAAUAGUGGCUGGCUAGGACUGAACCCACUCAAGGCUUUUUGUGUCUGUUGUAAGAUUUGGAAUCACCCUGAUGUGCUAUAUGAAGCAUUGCAAAAAGAGAAUUUGGCAAAUGAGCAAGACCUGGAUGUGGAUGACCUUGGCACAGCUGGUACCAACUCACGCUGCCAGUCACAGGGAAUGAAAGCGAAAACUGAGAGCAAUGCUUUGGUAUCACCAAUUGGAGAGGCUACCAACAGCAAAUACCUUCAGGGCAUUGGCUUCAAUCCCUUUCAGGAGAGAGCCAAUCAGGUUGUUACUUAUGAGUGGGCUAAAGACAUCUUGUGUGACUACCAGACAGGAGUCUUGCAGAAUUCACCGAAGAUGGUAUUGCUGUUUCAUCUUGUGGAGGAAAGUGUGAAACUUGGAGACAAAAUAUUGGUCUUCAGCCAAAGCCUCUCCACCUUGUCUGUCAUUGAGGAUUUCUUGGCAAAGAGACCAGUGCCUUCUCCCCCAGGUUUGGAUGCACAAGGAGUUCAUAACUGGGUCCGAAAUGUGAAUUAUUACAGGCUGGAUGGAAGUACUUCAGCCUCAGAAAGAGAGCGAUUGAUUAACCAGUUCAAUGACCCCAGCAACACUUCUGUUCGGCUCUUUCUCCUUUCUACACGUGCUGGGUGUUUGGGUGUGAACCUAAUUGGUGCAAAUAGAGUGGUCGUAUUUGAUGCUUCAUGGAAUCCAUGCCAUGAUGCUCAGGCAGUGUGUCGGGUGUAUCGUUAUGGACAGAAGAAGCCCUGCCACAUCUAUAGACUAGUUUCUGAUUUCACCCUGGAGAAGAAAAUCUAUGACCGUCAGAUUUCCAAGCAAGGGAUGUCAGAUCGUGUUGUGGAUGAUUUGAAUCCGGUGCUGAACUUCACUCGGAGGGAGGUGGAGAACUUGCUGCACUUUGUGGAAGAAGAGCCAGACCAUGCUCAGGAUUCAUUCAGCCCCAGCAAGUUCAAGGAAUCUGUCUUGCAGCUGGCCUGUCUCAAGUACCCUCAUCUCAUCACCAAGGAGCCUUUCCAGCAUGAGUCACUCCUGAUUGAUCGUAAGGAACACAAGCUCACCAAGGCAGAGAAGAAAGCAGCCAAGAAGAGCUAUGAGGAAGAGAAACGUGCAUCCGUCCCUUACACCCGUCCAUCCUAUGCUCAGUAUUACCCAGCCACUGACCAGAGCCUAACAAGCAUACCUGCCUUCAGUCAAAGGAACUGGCGACCAAGCCUCAAAGGUGAGGACAGGCCAGUGGCAAGUGUACGUCCCGUUCAGUCUACCCCCAUUCCUAUGAUGCCUCGCCAUGUCCCAUUGGGCAGUAUGGGAUCAGCUUCUGUUUCCAAUCCUACGAUCAAUUUCCCCAUCAACUACCUGCAGCGAGCUGGCGUUCUCGUGCAGAAGAUUGUCACCACAACCGAUAUAGUGAUUCCAGGUACAAACACUUCCACUGAUGUGCAGGCAAGAAUCAGUGCCGGAGAGAGCAUCCACAUUAUCCGUGGGACUAAAGGGACAUACAUCCGGACCAGCGAUGGGCGGAUUUUUGCUAUUCGGACCACUGGCAAGCCAAAAGGUAGCGAGGAUCAUCGGAUGGUUGCUUCAGGAUCCCAUGGUCCAUCUCUUGAAUCCACAAGCAAUGGCAGACACGAUGCCUCAUCACCCAAGCUUCCUAACACGGAGGAGCUCACUCGGCCCAUCUCCCCCGACAGCCCUGAGAUCAUCAGUGAGCUGCAACAGUAUGCAGAAGCUGCUGCAGCCCGUGAGUCCCGGCAUAACUCUCCCAGCACCAACACCACACCUGGGCACCCCACCCGGAAAGACAGUGCAGCCCUCUUAGCAGCUCGCGGAACUGAGCAACGAGCAGGGACCCAUGGUUUGGCACCUUCGUCCUCUUCAGCCCUGCCAGCCACCAGCCAGCACAUUGACAACCAUGCAGUGCUGGACUUACGAGGCAACAAGCGCAAGUCAGCGUCACCCUCCGGCUCUGAGGAACAAGCCCACCGGCAGCAGAAGAAGCGCUCACUGCCGGCAACGGUGCAGCCCUAUGAAAGUGGGUAUCCUGUCUCGGGUGGGUUCACCAUGCCCUCUGUCCCUUUAAACCACAACCUAACCCACCCGUUUGCUCCCCAAGCAGGCAACUCCUUGUACAUGGGCACUGGCUCCUCCUAUUACCAGCUGCCUAGCUUGCUGCCAGACCCUCACCUGGUGUUCCCGGUGACUACUGACCCUCUACUGACAGCCGGCACCGCCAGUUCCUCCGCUGCUACCUCAGGCACCGCCAGCGUCCCCUCUUUCAUGUUAAAUCCCUCCAUGACGGGGGUGCUCUCCAACUACUCGCUGCCCUUCACGCAGUCACUCCUGCCUGAGCCCAGGAUGUUUGCUCCUUUUCCAGCCCCUGUCUUGCCCAGCAGCCUUUCCAGGAGCAUGGCGUCUGCCUACCCCGGCUUCAUGUCCCCUCAUUCGGGCUAUCCAGCUGGGGCCCUCCUUCGGUCCCAGGUGCCUCCAUUUGACACCCAUGAGGUCUCUGAGGUGGGCUGCAGCUCCAACGAGGAUGAGGACAAAGAUGAUGAUGUAAUAGAGAUCACAGGGAAGUAAUGGGCCUUGUCUCUGUUAGAUCUCAACUCAGCCAGGAGGCAAAAAAAAUUCCUCACUGGACCUUUCUGGGGUCAGGAUUUUACAUCCAGGACACAGCAGAGGUGGAGGCGGUUGGGAAGGAGGUGGCAUUUUUUUUAGGUGUCAAAGAUCUGUUUUGUACGGGGAACUGUAUUGAAUGGACAACCCCACAUCCCCAGGAGUGGGGAAACAAGGGUUGGAGGAGGGAAGGAUCACUGCGAACCUUAGGAGUGCCUCCUUGACUUCCCCUUCCAUGCUGUCUGUCUAUAUUGUCUAAAAGGGAGACCUGCCAUUCUAUUUCAGUGUCCUUUGCAAGGCCUGGAGACACUGGGUUGAUCAUUGUGUCUGUGGAAUAACUCUCUCACACACAAACUGCCUUAUCUGUGAAAGUUCCUUACCCCAUGGUAAUAGGGGAUGAGUUUGUGCCCUAGGAGAUGUGAUGAUGAAUAGCAUUAUUAAUGGAGGGAGGGAGGUGGGGUUGGAAGGAGCAGGCAAUAUGUAAUGUGUAGGUGGGAGGGUUUGGCGGGGGCGGGGGGCAGGGUCUAUGUGAAAACAAUGUCUCUUUCAUCCUUCUGAAAGUGUCAGACAGAUUUAGUCUAGUGGUCUCCACCAGGCCUUUAAUAAUGAAAUGAUGUCAGGGGCAGGGGAGAAGCAGUGCUGAACUACAGCUCUCUUGCCACCAUCCCCAAGGGAUCCGUUUGAAGGCAGAGACCUUACUUUCUGGCUGCUUCAGCAGGGUUGGGUUAGGACUUGUACUAGUCUUUGAGUGGGGUAUUAGUGGGGGAACUGUGAGGAUUUUCACCAUUUCCUCCCUAGCAUUUUGUAGUUGAUUUCUCUCCUUUUGCCACCCAGCCAAAUGCUGAGGGGGGUGGGGGUGUCCUCAGGUUUGCUAGAAGAAAGUUGGACUACUGUCGGGCUCCUGCCAGCUGCAGUGAGUUGACUUCUGACUGAAAGGAUGCAUUGGAGAGCCUUGCUGCUGCCUUUUUUUCACUGACACUGUGACUGGACUAACCUUCUCCCUCCACAGAAAGGCUUUGUUAAUUUAUUUCACAAAAGCAAACUAUUUAUUUUGGGGUUCUUUUUCCUUUUCUGUUUUUUCCUUGCCAAAAAUGAUGGCUUCUGCAGAAAGCAGUGGUGGUUCACGGGAUGGCCUGUAGGGGAAGAAGACAAAUUGACUGCUUGCCCAAAGCAGAGACAAUGUGCAGGGCUGAGAGAGAAGGGGCCGCUGCCCGCCUCGCCCCCUAGUCAUUUUCCCGAUUGGUUCAGCUGAUAAGGCAUCUGAGAGUUCCUGCACAGUUUGUGCCUGUUUAGAGGGACAUGUGGUGGUAUUGCAGGGGCUUGGUUUCAGGGUUAGUUGGAGCCGUACUUGGUCUCUAGCUAGUUGCAGUGGACUCGUACUAGAAGGGUUGAAAACGGGCUCUUCCCAUAUCUGUGGGACUGGUUAGUCAAGCAGGUUCUCACCCUGCCAGCAGUCCAUUAGGAAAGUAGCUACACCUUUAGGGAGGAAGGCUUCUUAGUGACUCUAUGCAUUCUUGCUAGGCUCUGGUCCAAGCAUACUUCAUUCCGUGUUGUCACAAAAGUAUGCAGAGAGAACCUGCUUACUGGCCUAGAAGGCUUAAUGAAGAAAGUAAGCCUUGCUUGGGCUUGCCGGCAAAACCAAUACUUGCCUUGCUGGGGAGAUGGUGGAAGGUACCUAUCGGCUGUCUUAAAAGACUGGCGCUCCAUUUCCACAGUUUCUGGCUUCUGAGUAUCACCAUUCCAGGGAAAGGGGAGGAGGCAGUGGGUGUCACUUGAAUGCCAUCUGUGGCAUGGAGCCAAUGAGAGCAAUUGCCAGAGACCUGUGCUAAGCAAGCCUUUCCAGAACCAGUGGUCCAGGCCCUGUACUCACAUUACUUUUGUCAUAUGGCUACUGAUGUGGCUGAAAUUGCCCUACCCUACAGGAAAACCACAUUCAUAUGCUCGCUCAUGCACACCCUCUCUUUCUUGCCCCCUCACCCCACCUCAGGCUUGGACCCCAUAUUAAUCUAACAAAGGUAAUGUAGAAUGAGGCCCUUUGCCCACACAAUUGAAGAUCUACCAAAUCCUUCAGCCGAAGAGGUCAUGGCUAGGUGUUUUAAAUGUUACGCUUCCAAGUUGGUUCUGAAAGAAAGCUGUGUGUGCGUGUGCGUGCCAGUAUGAACCACUAAAAAGCAUGUCAUGUCGGAGCUUUCUGACUGUCUUUCUCUGUUUCAUUGGACACUGUCUGUCAGGCCUAACUUCACAAUUCAUAGAAGCCUUAGAUUUACAGUUAGCUAUGCAAAUUACUUUAUUUUAAAAUAAAACCAUUAAAAUAGUGCUUUCUUCUUUAACAUAUCCUAGGAGUUGAAAACCGAGGGGUUCUGAGCAAACUUCUGGACAACUUGUCUUUGGAUGCACCAUGGGAAUAAAAAAAACAAACACAAACCCCCACAAAAAUUACAAAGCAAAUUAACUGAUGGUGUCCAUUCGCGUUUCUCCAAAGACUUGGCCAUGGUACGUCUGUGAGUCAUGCCCUUUUGUGAUUUGUAUUUGUCCACCUCAUGCAAAAUAUGACGACACUGAUUGUACUGUAAACUCACUCAGCUGUCUUUUGCAACCCUCUAAAGUGGACUCGGGGCCUGGAUAUAGGCAAAGUGGUUUCUUGCUUGAGCAGCAAGGAUUUAGACUUGCUGAAGCCUAAGCCAGUUUUGGAGGAAGAUAUUGUUUCUUUAGGUUUCAGGCAGACUCAAUCUCUUCAGUACACGUCGUUUUUGGCGGCAUAGCUGAUAACAACCCAAGACAUCCUGCUAGCUUCUGUCUGGACUUCAGUGGAGUAAUGAAGUUCACAAGACAGGUUUAACAUGUUCUGAAUGCUCUGUCUUUUCCUUCAGACUGUGCUUCUUUCUGAUCCUCUUGUCCCCAUGAAGAAUGUACAAGGGCUCAGGAGGGCUCACCGAACUAGGCAGGCUUGUAGUUCGUCCUCACUGUAAUAGGUGGGAUAGUCACAUUAAGAAAAUAGACUCAACUGGGAUUAAGUAAAUCAGACUCUGUAACCACCUUUUAAAUAGGAACGGAAGAUAAGGUAGCGACUAGCUGUAGAAAAUGGUAUAUGCCUGUAGUUUACUACUCUGGCCACUGGAUGGCAGUGUUGCACCACAUGGAAUAUUUAGGUCUUAAAGUACCUUAUUUGGGGGGGUGAACUGGCUUUUGUACUUGGUUUAAAAAGCUAUGAAAAUGUUAAGUCUGUUGUGCACAUUCUCUCUCUCCCUUCUCUCUCCUCCUCCCUCUCUCUCUCUCUCUCUCUCUCACACACACACACACACACACACACACACACACACACACACUCACUCACUCACUCUCCUACCUAAUUUUAUGUUAGCGGAAAACCCAAGAACAUAUUUGCAUUACUGACAAACUCCACUCCACCUCACUGUCUCCCUUGCACCUUCAGUUAGACCAAUUGAUUUUUGUAAGCUGGCAAGAUGUACAUUUGUUGGGACAGAUGCUUCUACUUCAGCAAGUGCCUGAGCUGGGUCUCUUUCCCACCCAGAGGGGUUUAAACUCAUUUAUCUCCAAGAGAUUGAAACUCAUUUCCCAGCACUUGCCGAGAGAGGUUCCCAUUGUCCAGUGGGAAUGAAGGUGACGCUCUUCUGCUGUGCGCCCUGGUUCUCCUUGAGGACACAAAAUGCCUCCUCCAACCGUUUCCAGGUGUGCAAUGGCUUCUGACAAGCUCUGGCUUCUAGCCACAAAGGGGUGGCUGCUGUGCCUUGUUUAUGGAGGGCAGAGAAUGCUUGGCCCAGACUUUGGGUUGGGAUUGCUUGGUGACUUGCAUAUUAGGAGGUCAGUAAGGCCCCUUCCUCAAUGCAGCCAUGAUUCCCAGAAUGUAGUGCCCACUUAGAAGCAACGCUUGUGGUUCAAGUUUCAAGGAGGUCUCUGAAUCGACCCAUUGUCACUGGCCAUUCAUGGUUCCCUUAUCUUCAGUGCCAUUUCUUUCUCUUGCUGGCUCUUGAGUUGCAGGUCUGAGGCAAACCCUGGUGGACUUGGCUGGGCCUGUCUCUGAUUUGCACUGCUAAAUUUCAGACUACAAAAGAACUGAGGAAGGUAACUUGUGGUGGUCAGCUCUUGCAGAUUUGUGUCCUUUCUAUCUGGACUGUUCUUUUCAGAACAUCUCUUUUCUUGCAAGGUGUUUCCCAUCUACAGUUGCAUUUCCACAGCAAUUUUGUAGCAACAGGACAGAGUUUUGAAAUGGUACAGAAUGAAACUGACCCCACCCCCUCCCAGUAAAUACUGUGGGGGUGGGGGAAGAUGACCUUAAACUGUGAUAUUUCCCAGGCCUUGAUAAUACAUUCUCAGUUCCACGCCAGGCAGCAUAGUUUUUAACUGGCCAAGAUUUUGUUUGGAUUGCCUAUAAAGGAGUUGUGUCAUUCAUUAGGAGGGCAGAGAACUGGGUGACGUCUCCCCAGCCAUGAUUAAAAGAGAGGUGCAGAUGUUUGCAUACUAAUUUCUGGACACCCAUAUGACUAAGAAAUGGAAAUCAGGGUGGGUGAAGGCAGGCUCACUCCCAUUGCAUUCUGUGGAACAAAGUGAAUGGGCUGCCAUCAGCAACACAGUUUGAGGGGACAAGGCCUGCCCAUUGUCCCCAACAAUCCUGUCAGCAGCUAGUUAAUAAGAAAACUGACUCGUACUGUGUGAACUGAAUUCUGAAUCAUUAUGGGAUCAAAUUUCAGUAGUGCAGGUGCUCAUGGGAAGCUCUCAUUGCAAAUAAUGUGUUUGCACUGAAAUUUUGGUGGAUCUGUCCAGGCACUGUAGACAUAAUUACUAAGCUGGGGGAAAAGCUUGGGCUGGUGACCCACUAAACAGCAGAGAGAACUAUACAUCAAUAGGGGUGUGUGUGUGCGUGUGUGUGUGUGUCCAUCCCUCCAGUGCAAAAUCACAGUUUGCAGGUGGAAGGACAUUUAGUCCUCAUGAAGACAUUUGCUCCUUGUAACUCAAACAAGGAAGCAGAUUCCCUGGUAAGGAGGGAGAAUAUUGCAAAUUCAGGGAGGAUCGGCAAAGAAUGGGAGGAGCCAGGCAGAGAGUGGGGAGAAAUCUUUCUUCUUCUACUUCAUGUACUCUGUAUGGAAAACGACCACUAACAGCUGCAUUGCUUCUUGGGUCCUAUACUGUUAGCUUCCCAAUUUGUGUUCUUUGUCCCUCCAUUAAAUCAAUUUAUAGAGGGGAGCUGAGUGAAUCCAAUGGUUUUCUUGGUUUGUUUUUGUUCCGCCUUUAGUUUGUGGCCUGUUCUUUGUGAUUGGAAAAAGGCAUUUCUGUAGCAGGGUCAGUCAGUUGGCUGGUUGCACGCAUGGGUCAUGUGCUUCCCUCAUCUCUCUGUCUGAUGGGACACGCUUGUCCAGUCUACCAGAACAGAGACAUUGAACAAUUUUGUUUAUAUGAUGUAUUUAUUUUUACUUGUGUUUCAUGUCAUUUUUUAAAAAAAUAAUAAAUUGUAAGUUGGUAUAAUGCCUAUAAAUUCUCUCUCCUUUUUUAAAGAAAAAAUAAACUUCAAAUGUUUUAGUCCAA